AUGUGCCUCCGCGGUUGCCGUAGUUGUGUAAAUCCGCAACACACCGCUCAGUGUUUACUAUUAGCACCGACCGUUUAAGCUAGGUGAGGAAAUGGCUGAAUAUUCACACGUAAAAUCAACGAAACUGAUUUUGAAAGGUCUUAACAAAGGGAAAAAGAAGAAACACAAAGAUAAGAAAAGAAAAGCAGAUGAAGAAGAAAAAGUUGAUAUUGUUGGUGGUUGGUGGUCUGUUAAUAGCUUUGGGGAAAUUACAGGAACAGUUGCCAUAGAGAUGCAGAACAACUCAUACAUCCAUGCCCUAGAUACUGGACUCUUCACAGUUGGUGCACCACAUAAAGAUGAUGAAGGACCAGACCCUCCAGAACAGUUUACCGCUAUCAAGCUGUCAGACACACGGGUAGCCUUGAAAUCUGGAUAUGGGAAGUACCUGGGCAUCAACUCUGAGGGUUUGGUGGUGGGACGAUCCGAUGCCAUCGGCUCCAGGGAACAAUGGGAACCAGUCUUCCAGGAUGGUAAAAUGGCUCUCCUGGCAGCAAAUAGCUGUUUCAUCUCCUACAGUGACAGUGGGGACAUCGUGGCCAAGAGCAAGUCAGCAGGGGAUGGCGAGAUGGUGAAGAUCCGAACCAGUGCGGAACGAGAGGUCAAGCGUAAGGACGACAUUGCAGACGAGGACAGGGGCAACGUGAAAUCCUGUGAGAUCAAUUAUGUGAAGAAGUUUCAGAGUUUUCAAGAUCGGCGGCUCAGGGUUAAUGAGGAAGACUCCACCACGCUAAAGAAAGCCAGAAUGGAUGGAAAAUUCCACGAAACUUUGCUUGACAGGAGAAGCAAGAUGAAAGCAGACAGGUACUGCAAAUGAACACUUUGUGGACUGCUGCUAUCCCUCGGUAAAUGUCCUGACUUGUAGAGGUGAUCAUGUGAAUGUGGCAUUUCACAUGGCUGUUUUUUGGGAGUUUUUUUUUGUAUUUUAAAUAAACGUUUGAUGGUCAAAAUUG